GCAUCGUCAAUUACCGUUAUCAGAGCGACCCGGCAAUAACAAAAACACCAUGUUGAUCUCGUGCAAGUGCCUGAAUUUCGUCGCCUCGACCUCGAAACUGCAGCGCAGCAACAGCAGCAGCGUCACUGGGGGCGGGCUGGGCGGCCCCGGCCUGGCCAACGGUAAUCCCGGUGCGGGCGGUACGCCCGUGGGCGAGGUGCCCCCCGCGAUCCUCCUGUCGCAGGUGUUCCAGCAGAAGUAUCCCCGCGACUUUGUCUUCUACAGCCAGUUCAUGGACUUCUUCAAGCACGCCUAUGGACCCAUUCCAGACCUCACGGUGGCCGUGAUCAAUCAGCGGGAGCUGCUCUACGGCCUCACCCUGGACGCCGCUGGCCAAAGCUGGCAGCUGAGCCUGUGCAUCAACUGCAAGGAGGUGCUGUGCGCCAAGCGACUGACGGCGGGUGCUGGAGCCACGCCCACGCUCUACCUGAUCAACUGCACGCUGCUGAGCAGCAGCGAGGAGCUGGCCCAGCGCAAGUCCAACAAAUCCUACUCGGAGACCUUUGAGCUGCUGAUCAUGGAUCACACGGGCAGUGACUCCACCACCAGUGGCAUAUCCAAUUCGGCGUCGAGCUUGAGCAUUGGCUCGCUGUCGGCGAAUCCCACAGAUGCCCAGAGGCUCCAGAGGCUGCGGAUGCUACAGGCGCAUCAGCAGGCGCGAUUGCAGGAGGAGAUUCUGGAGACCAAUGAGCGAAUCGAGCGGUAUACGCGCAAUCAGUUUCAGUUGCUGAACAGCUUCCGCGAAAAGUCGGACCAGGACUGUGCGAUUCUAUUCGCCCUAAUCCGCAAUUUACCCGAGCUGGCCUCGGAGCUGCUGGAUCGUGCCAUGCCCCCCGCUUUAGAUGUGGCCGCCAAUCAGCCGCAGAGUGCGACUGCCCGGCGCAGGAACACCAUUAGCAGCCGGCGGGAGUUGAACGGUGGACCCACCACGCCCACCACCACCUUGAAUCAUCCGCCCAGCUUCCUGACCCUCAAUCAGCAGCCGCAGUUGCAGGCGCAACAGCAACAGCAGCCGCAACAGCAACAGCAGCCUUUGCAGAGCGUCUCGGUGGCCAGAAAGAUGUCGCACUUUGACACACCGCCCGCCACCCCAGAAGCCACGCCCAUGAGCGUGGGCAAUAGUCCCACCUUCCGUCAGCAAUCGGCAGCCGGCGGAGGUGCUGGUGGUGGUCAGCAAACACAGAUGCUGGCCACCAAUGGUUCGGGUCAGUCCAGUGCCGCCGACGAUGCGGAUGAUUGUCUCUUCGAUCUGGAGGAUGUGGAUGCCCCGGCGCCGCCGCCAGUUCAGUCUGUGCCAGUGCCAAGUUAUCCGCGCAGCCUGAUCUAUCAGCCGGAGCACCACCACAAUCCCUUCCAGCAAAACGGACUGGGCAGCGUGCUGGAUGACGAAGCGGCCGACGAAGCUGAAGAUGCUCUCGAUCCGGACAGCUCCAUUUCGAUACCAGUGCGCGGCGGAGGAGGAGGAGGUCGCCCCAGCCAUGCGCAGCUGAUGAACUUUGCCAGGAGUCUGCCCAUCGAGAUAGCCAACACCACGCUGGCUGAGAGAGCUGCUGCGGCCAAUAAUAAUAAUUUUGCCCUGGGCGGCGAGGAGGGAAUGGACAAUAUCGACAUAGCGGCCAGCAUUCAGGCGCUGACCAAAAGCGUCCAUGGCGAGGCUGUGCUCGGCGAUUUGCCACGUCCCCGACUGCGAUCCCAGAUCGAGGGCUAGCCGGGAUGGCUGGGAUUUCGGAGUCACCACUACGUACACAUAAAUAUAUCAGCUCGUAAUCCGCAUACUUUGUUUGCCUGUUGCCUAGCCGCCUUGAAGAUUGUUGUUUUCGCUAUCUAAACUAAAUUAGUUGCUCAACGAAAAACAAGGACACACGAAGCGCCUUCCACACACAGGACACCCCAAAGCAAAACCACCCACAUAAAACCACACAUACGCGCACCACCUACCAACUACCGAGUACCAACUAAGCAGACAGUUUGCAAUUUCUUUAAUUAUUAUAUAUAUCGCCUAUAAGUUUUCUUUCAUUUUUUCGGAUGAUCUUCGAUUGGAAAUGUGUAUUUUCCUCGUACGACGAGUGUACGGCUGCCGUUGGCUGUUGCACAUUGAGUUAACUAACUGAUACUGAUACUGAUGAUGUUGUUAGUUUAUACAAUGAAUAAUCUAGUAUACAUAUACAUUAUAUAUAUUAUACAAUACAUAACGAAUGCUGUGACGCAGGCAAGACGCCCCACAAAGCGUCCAAUCUAAA